AUGCAACAAGACCGUGGAAAAGAAAGAGAGGGGGGGGAAAAAAAGCUCCCAAUGCCCAAUCAAUGGCAAGACGAAGUGAUUUCCUUGCCUCUCGGAUUCCUCUCGGAAGCGUGGAAAACGAGCCCCUGGAAAGCAACUUCAACUCAUCCAGUCUCCCGUGCAGAACACUCCGGUUCCAACAAGUCAGCCGAUCCCCGGGUUCAGCCGGCUAGUGCAUCUUGCAGCUGGGGCGCCGUAACCUCACAAAUCCCUGCAUCUCUCUUUAUUCCCUUCUGCAGCGGCUCCGAGACUCCGGCGGUGUUUACUCCUGCGCUCGCGGGGCCGGCCCCCGGGACGCGCGGCGGCCCGGCUGGAGAAGACUGGAGGCGGCGGCGGCGGCGCUGGGUGACGGCGGCGGCGCGUCCUCCCCGCGGGCAGUGCCGGCCCCGAGCGGCGCUUCCCAGGCCCCCGCGCGAUCGCUGCCGACCGCCGCGUUCGGUCGCCGAAUGUUACCCGGUUCUGAAUGUUACACUUACACAUUCCAUUCCCGACACGACAGCGCUGACCUCAUCCAUCCACGCAGCCCGCGCUGCCAUUGGCCAAGCGUCACGUCCGGGGGGGGCGGUGCUUCCGCUGCGCCCAUUCAUAACCCCCGGCCACCGGCAGAGGCGCCGGCGCGGAGCUGGGGGUGCGGGCGGCGCGGGGACCCCGGGGCGCCUCGGCCCGGCCCCCGCGGGCAGAGCGCGGGGCUGCCCCGAGAGAGUCCCGCGGCCCUUCGGCGCGCCGGGAUCCGGACCCCGGCCUGGGCCGCACCACCUGCAGCCGCCGCGCCGGGAAACGAGCGCCUCCCAGAGGCGCCUACGGGCGCGCUGAGGCUGGGGAACCAGGGACCGGCGGGCGCUUCCCCGGCCCGCUGCUCCGGCUGCCCCGGUCGUCCUCGAGAAUUCCUACUCCUCGGCUGCCUGCCGGGAACGCCUCCCCGAACGGGCGGCGGGGAGUGUUCGGGUUCCUGGAGAAGGAUGCUCGAAAAGUGGAGCAGUGGGGCGAGCCCUUGGGCUGCAGGAGGAAAAAGGAAAAAGAAAAAGACUUCAUAGAAAGCGACCGCUGACCAGAAGGAUGCCCUCUCUCUGCCCACCUUCCACCCGCUGAGGGCCCCAAAUUUUCCUUUCUACAAAGCAUUUAAACAGGUCCCUUAUCCCCUAAAUGUUUGCUGUGUCGCUUCAGUCGUGUCCGACUCUGCCACCCCCAUGGACUGUGACCCGCCAGGCUCCUCUGUCCACGGGAUUCUCUAGGCAAGAAUACUGGAGCAGGUUGCCAUGCCCUCCUCCAGGGCAUCUUCGCAACCCAGGAAUGGAACCCAUUAUCUCCGGCGUCUCCUACAUUGCCCAUCUUUUUUUUCUUACCCCCAAGGAACCACCCCAAUCCCCAUUAAUAAAAAGAAAAUGCUA